AUGGACUCCUUCGCCAUCACAGAGAGUCUCGCCGCUGAGGAGCGGCAAGAUGACACGGACGGGUUCUCAAACAAGCUAUCCGAAGAAACCAACAAGUUCCAACGCGCAAUUGCAGCUUGGCGAGGAAUCGACCUUGCCACUACCAUAGCUAAGCUCGAUACGACUGCAUCCGACAUUGUUUCGCAACAACGAGAAGCACUUGUACAACGGAAGGACCUUGCUCAAAAGACCAAAGACUUCAAGAAAUUGGAGGAUGAAGCAAAGCUGUCAGAAUACAAGGGACUCCUGAAAGCCUAUCAAUCUUUCAUCGAUCUGUUGACGAAUCAAGGAAAGGCCUCAUCCUCCGCUUUCCUUCAGCUUUAUUCAUCUUUGUCUGAGGCACCUGAUCCUUACCCCUUACUAGAAGCAUCCGUGGACUCUCUAGUGCUGUCGGAAGAUACAGUUCCCAAGCUUACAUCCGAAAAGAAUCAAUUACAGCAGUCGGUGGAUCGUCUUACCAAGCAACAGGAAGAGACUGAGAGGCGUCUCCAAGAGGAGCGUGCUGCGAGAAAGAGACUCGAAGAGAAUCAAGACGCGAAAGCAAAAGAGAUCGAGAACUCUUGGGAUGCUGUGCUUAAAGAAAAGUCGAGCAAUUGGGAGGCCAAGGAGAAGAGUCUGGAGGAGAAACUUGAGAACCAGGAAAGGCUGAUCAAGGAGCUCAAAGCUAGCUAUGAGGUCUCCCAGCGUCUGGGUGGUGGUCAGGAUGAAGGUGCAGAGGACAAUCGUAGUGGAGCUACCGCGGCGGAACUGGAACUUGUCUCCGCGGAUCUUGAGAAAACCAGCCUAAGACUGGCUGAAAUGGAGGCGCGGAACGAGCAGCUGCGACUAGAGUUGGCGCAGGCCGUCUCGCACACUACUCCGGACCAGGCCGCUUCUGUGGAAGAUGAUCCGAACUACCAACGUCUCCAGUCGGAGAAUUCUGCAUUGCUGCGCAAGCUUGAUGCUGCGCGUUAUGACAAGGACUCUACCCGACACGCAUGGGAGGCCAAGUUGCUUCAGGUGGAAAGGAAUGCCUCAAAGGCUGCUAUGGAGAGAGAUGAGCUACGCUCGCGCCUCGAAAAGGUUGCUGACUACGACGAUAUUCGUCGAGAGCUUGAAAUGAUCAAGUCAAUUGAAUUUGCCACUGGCGAUGACGACGAGAUGGGUGACACAACAUCAGCAUCUGUGGACGUUGGCCCGAAGAACAACGGUGCAGCGGCCUCAAAAUCAAAAGAGAAAAGCUCGCUAGAGCAACUCUUGAUGACACGGAACAAAAAGCUGACCGAUGAACUCGCUGGCCUCCGUGUGUCAACCCGCGACCUCCAGGCCCAACUGGAAUCUUUACGUGGGGAGCUCUCAACCACAAGGAGGGAGCUCGAGAAGUCACAAGGGCUGUCUGCGACACUUGAAAAUGACCUUCUGCGCGUUCAAGAGGAAGCCGCCAAUACCUUCCCGUCUUCGGCGAUGUCUGUGGCAGGCACGUAUGUCUCGAGAUUCCCUCACUCCUCUCGACGAGGGGGAGCGGUGUCUCCUACUUCAUCGAUUAUCUCUGGAUUUGACCAGUCGACCGCUUCUGCCAACACAAUGGACGCCAUCCGGGCAGGAGAGGCCGUGGGUGGCGGCUCGGGCCUUCUACCUAUGAUCCAGGCUCAACGAGAUCGGUUCAAGAAGAAGAACGCUGAGCUGGAAGAAGAGCUCUCUAAGAUGUACAGUACUGUCAAGUCUCUUCGCCAAGAGGUCGCAACGCUUCAAAAAGACAACCUCAGCCUGUACGAAAAGACCCGCUACGUCUCAACAUACAGUCGGGGCCAAGGAGCUUCCACAUCUGCUUCUUCAUUCGGUAAUGCUCCAAGCAACUUGUCAAUGCAUGUUGCGCAGGAUGCGCCAGACCGAUACCAAUCAGCCUACGAGGCCCGCAUAUCACCAUUUGCUGCAUUCCGGGGCCGGGAAUCUGCCCGUGCCUACAAACGCAUGACCCUCCCGGAACGGAUCGUCUUCUCGCUGACACGCAUCAUUUUGGCGAAUCGGACCAGUCGAAAUCUCUUCGCGGGAUACUGCUUCGCUCUGCACAUUCUUUUGUUUGUGAUUUUGUACAUGAUGAGCACGACGGAGAUUGAGAAACACAGUGCCAUGAGUGCCCUCGGUGGCGCCGCCGCCGCGGCCUAUGGCGGCGGCGGUGGGUCAGGACUCACCGGUGGUAGUAGUAGCAGCGGCCAGUUACAUGGCGACGAUUGGCAGCCCGAGGGAUUCAAUCAUGCGAGCUGA